AUGGCCACACCAUUACCUACAUUAGCCCAGGAAGAUUUGGAUAGCUUCACCUUGACCAGGACAGGCUCAGGCUUUGCACUCAAAGCCUUUCAUCUUUCUUGGAACACCCACAUCUCUGUGAAGCUGUUGACCAGCCAGGACACUACAGAGAGAGAGUGGAAGUUGCUACUUGAGGAUAUAGCAAGUGUCAAGUGCUAUGAGUCUGAACGUCUCUUGCCUCCUCUUGGGAUUUACCAGUACCAGGGACUUGUGGGGAUAGUGGCUGAAUGGAUGAACAAUGGAUCCCUCCACUCACUCAUCCAUGAGUGUCAGCUGUACCCAGAGCUUCCAUUUCCCUUGCUUAUAAGGAUCCUGUCAGAUGUGGCUGAAGGGCUGCAUCACCUUCACAACCUCGAACCUGCUUGCUGCCAUGGCAGCCUGAAACCUUCUAACGUGCUUUUGGACACACAGUACAGAGCCAAGAUAUCAGAUUAUGGUCUAACCAACUGGAGGAAGCAGAAACUGAGGUCAGACUUGCAGAACUGCAAUCAAAGAAACUGCCAUGACUUAGUGUAUCUGCCUCCUGAAAUACUUGAAGGAGGCCUUCCUUCCCAGGAAGCUGACGUUUACAGUUUUGGAAUGCUGUGUUGGGAGAGCCUAAGCAGACGGAAACCUUUUGAAGGUCAAACAACCCUGCUGGAAGUUUUGACCAGAAUCUGCAGCAGUUUGCGGCCUGGCGUUUCAGAAAAGUUUAUACCAAGUGAUUUGCCUGAGAGGAACAAAUUGUUGCACCUCAUUGCUCUGUGCUGGCAUCAAGAACCAAAUUGUAGACCAUGUAGUGCAGAAUGCGCAGACCUUCUAACUGGAAUUGUGGCUGGUAUGAAUAAGGAGGCAAUUUCCACAGCAAUCUACAAUCUGAUGGAUGCAAAGGAGACAGCACUUAAUGCAUGCAAAGGUUCAGCAAUAUACACGUUGCAGACAGGCAUGUGCAAUUCAGAGGUUAUCUGUCCACAAAAACCCAAGCACUUAAUCAGCAAGAAAAUUCCUUUCACAGUGCCAAGCCUGCCAACUAUUCUACCUGAAAGCAGUGCACAUAAUUCAGGAAGAGAAAAUAUUGUCCCACAGAACUCGACAACAAAGAAAGAUCACCCAGGCUUGGACAGUAGAAAAUCCACUUCUUUUUGCACAAUUCCUUUACCUUGUUCAGCUGCAGGCAAAGAAAGCAGUCAGCAUAAGGACCUACCACUGGCUCUUAAGCACGGACCACAACCUCCACAUCCUUAUCAAGCAGUGACAGAUCCGUGCUGCAAAGGCAGCUGCUGUCACAUACUAGCCUGCCAGAGACAGACCAUACUGAACUGCAUGACAGAAGGACGCCUCAACCACAUCCUCGAUGUCCUUCGCUCACAGCAAACGUUGUCCCGAAUGGAUUAUGAAACAAUUUCCUCUUGUCCAACAGUGACUGGCCGUGCCCGGGCUUUGCUGGACACUUGCCUUUGCCUUGGAGAGAAGGCAGCACAGGUUGUAGUGACUGUCCUUUCAGCAAGCAAAUGUAGUCCUCUGGUACAAGGCAGCCAUUGUCCAGCUGUCCUAAGGUAA